AUGUCUACUACUGAUUCCACCUCUACCACUAACAACAAUUCAACUCAAAGAAAAUUUAUUAAACGUCCUGAUGAUAAAGUUUUAAAACAAGAAUUAGAAUCAUUAAAAAAUGAGAUUAAAAAAUUAGAUUUACAAAACAAUGAUUUGAAUGAUCAAAUUGCAAAACAUCAAAUUGAUCAAAAAAUUAUGGAUGAAAGGAAUGAAUUGACCACCCAAUUAAAAUCAUUAAUUUCAAAACAAUCAGCUUCAAAAAAUGAAAGAAACGCUAUCAAUGAGCAAAUCAAAUCAAUUGAUAAUACAAUGAAGAAAAAAAUUGCUGAAAUUCAACAACAAGCUUCAAAAAAUAAUUUUAAAUCAGUUGGAGAAAUUGAUCAAAGAAUUAAUAGUUUAGAUCAAUUAAUUGAUGCAGGAAAUUUGAAAUUAGCUGAUGAAAGAAGGUAUGUCAAAGAAAUGACAUCAUUAAGAAAAUUAAAAAAGGAUUUUGCAUCAAUUGAGAAAGUUCAAUUAUCGAUUGAUUCAGAUAAGCAAAAAAUUGCUGAUUUAAAAAAGAAAAUUUCAGGAACUCAAAAUAAAGAAUUAAAUACUCAAUUUGAAACCAUUCAAAAGAAAUUGGAUGAAAUUAAUGAAUCAAACAAGACCAUCAUUUCAAAAAGACAGAAAUUAUAUGAUCAAAGAUCGGAAAUUAAAAAACAAAAAGAUGCAAAAUACGAUGAAAUUAGAAAAUUAAAAUCUGAUUUUGAUGCAAAAUUUGCAAAUUUCAAAAAAUUAAUGGCUGAAGAAAAAUUGAAAAGAGAUGAAGAAUAUAAAUCAAAACUUUUGGAAGAAAAACAAUCAAAAUUAAAAGCCAUUGCUGAAAAAGAAUUAGCUGAAGCUUCAAUCCCAGCUUUUUCAAAAGAAAUUAAUUCAAUUCAUAAUGUAUUAAGUUAUUUUGAUCCAUCAUAUGUAAAACCAACUACAAAAACUUCAUCAACAACUACAACCAAUGGUGUUGUUCCAUCAACUACAAGAAAAGCAAGAACUAUUGAAUUCCCAGAAGAUUUAGUUGUAGUUAAAAAGGAACAAGAAGAUUUCUUUGGUGGUUCCAAAAAGAAAGGUGGUAAAUUUAAUAAAAAAGCACAACCUCAAACAACAAAAUCAAAGAAUUUUUCAGUUGCACCAGAAAUUGUUGUUGCUUUAAGUGAUUUAACUAUUCCAUUCCCAUUAAAAGAAGAAGAUGUUCCUCAAACUAUUACAACUUUAAAAGAAACUUUAGUUGCUUUAGAAGAAAAACAAGAUGAACAAACUAAAAUUAAUAUAGAAAGAGCAAAAGCUCAAAUUGCAAAAUUAGAAGCUGAAGGAUUAAAAGAUGAUGAUGAAGAAGAAGAAGAAGAGGAUGUUGAAGAAGUUAAAGAAGAAGUUGAAGCUGAUGCUUAA